AUGGCUUUUUUCUUUUUUCCAUUUUAUACUCAACUAAAGCUAAAUUUGGUCAUAAGAUUAAAAAUAACCUUAGAUAAUGAUGUUGGUGAUGAGGAUGAUGAUGGUGGUGAUGAUGAUGGUACAGCACCGAACAGCGGUGUCCGAAUUACGAGACCACAAGCGUUACUGUUGCAGCCAUAUUCUGCGCUUAAUGUUCAAGAUUCGUCAAAAUUCUCACGAUUAUCAGGUUACUUAUAUUGUCUUUGUUGCCUUCAAACUCUUCCAAUUAGUGCAUUUGUUGGCCAACAAUAA